AUGAUUCUUAUUUUUUUUAAUUAUUUGGUACCUGAUAUUUUUUAUUAUACAGGGAAAGGUUUAUAAAAAAAAAGAAAUAAGAAAUUCAAGAUAAAUCAUCCAUCGAAGAAUUUGGAAAAAUUGAAAAUGGAAAUGACAGAACUAAAAAAAAUCAUGAAUGAAAAUAUCAAAUAAUUUUUUAUAGAGAUGAAAAAUUGCAAGGUUACGUCUAAUUAGUAAUAUUUAGACAUGAAUUAAAAGACUAAAUCAUUGAAGGAAGACUCAAAAUUAGUAAUAAUAUCAAUAGAUAUUUUUUCAGUUUAAGGAUUAGACUGUAGUAUUAUAAUGGUCAAUCUGA